GAUAUAUGAUAACUAUUAAACAGUCACUUUUAUUUUAUUUUUAUUUAUGUAGACACAGUUCGUAAAAAUAAAGUAAAUGUAUACAGUUCUCUGUCUGCAAACCAAAGUAACACUGGACACUUGUGUGGAAACACAACACCAAAUAGUCCGCUCAUAACACAUCUGAUGUGCGACGACACCUCUAGAUACAUCACUCUCUACAGAAACACAGGACGUGGUAACUCAUUAAUGGACUUCUGUGAAGUUGAAGUAUAUGUUUGUGAUGCUGGCACGUUCGGUGAUGACUGUAGCCAGUUCUGUCACUGUCGAGACGGAUCGUAUAACUACACAACUGGAAACUGUACGGGAGGAUGUAUGACAAACUGGACUGGGACGUCAUGCAAUACCUGUGAUUCCAGUCACUAUGGUGAACUAUGUAGUGAAGACUGUUCCAGUAGACAUUGUAAAGGAAACUCCACGUGUGACAACUCUGGACAGUGUAACAAUGGCUGCUCAGCAGGAUGGCUGGGGAUAUUUUGCAAUGCAAAAUGUCCAAAUGAUCGAUAUGGACAGAUAUGCAAUAGUACCUGCAAUGACAGACAUUGUCGUGAAAACUCUGGCUGUAAUCACGUGACUGGAAGGUGUGUCGGUGGCUGUGACAGAGGAUAUCAUUCAGUUGACUGUACAAUGUCAUGUCAGACUACCUACGGAUUUAACUGUAACAAGUCUUGUGAUGCCAGACACUGUCUUGGUAGAAAGGACUGUGAUGUGUUUUAUGGAAACUGUACAGGUGGUUGUCAAGCUGGGUGGGAGUUACCUGACUGCACAACUGAGUGUCAAGGUGGUACAUUUGGAUCCGGGUGUAAGGCAAAGUGUAGUGAACGACACUGUAAAGGAGACAGCUCAUCUUGUGAUGUAAAGAAUGGAACAUGCCAACAUGGCUGUCAGCCGGGAUGGAAGAGUCCAAGUUGUAAUAUACCAUGUGACAGUGAUACAUAUGGCGCUGACUGUACAUUCCAGUGUACACAAAGACAUUGCAAAGAGAGUACGUCCAGCUGCAAUCACGUGACUGGUUCUUGUGAGGGUCCCUGUCAGAAUGGAUGGUUGGGGAUCGACUGUACAGGAUGUGAUGGGAAAUAUGGCCCAAACUGUUCAUUAACAUGUGUUGCCAGACACUGUAAAGACAACAAGGCACCGUGUGAUCACAUGACCGGAUCUUGUAAAGGAGAAUGUCUGCCUGGUUGGCAAAGUGCUACAUGUACUGACAAGUGCAGUAGCGAGACCUAUGGCAAUAACUGUGAAAUGCUGUGUUCAAACAGACAAUGCAGAUACAUGAAAUCUUGUCACCAUGAGACUGGUCAGUGUGAAGGCGACUGUGCAUCAGGAUGGACAGGAACAACCUGUUCGAAAGUUCUAGUGAGUGCAGCGUCGACUGGAAAAAAAUCAGUUGGUUUUCCAGUCAUACCUGUAGCUGGAGGCAUUGGUGCUGCAGUAGUUGUCAUCGUUGUGAUUAUCAUCAUCAUCAUCGUAGUCUUCAGGAGACGAAAACCGAAACAAAAGAGUUCUGUUGAGAAUACAGCCUCCCCAGAAAACAUUGGGAAACCUCAAGAAAUAACACGAGGCGCACCCGACGGCUCUGUCUACGUCAAUAUUGGAGAAUCUGCAAAACCUUCAACAAAAAAGCUUGUAACAAAGGAAACCGACUCCAUUCACUUAGUACCAGCAAUAAAUACUGGUAACAUAGUAUCAGUCGUAAACGCUGGUUACAUAGAAUCAGUCAUAAACAGCGCUGACGUCAACACUGGUGACGUAGUGUCAAUUGAAAGCACUGGUGAUGUAGAGCCAAUCAUAAUCAGCGCUGACAUUGCACCAGUGGUCGAUCAAAGAGAGCCUGAAGACCAACAGGCUAAUGAGGAUGAAGAGGCGGUCCAGGAUCCUAAUACAUAUUACAAUGAUGUCCAGCCGGGUCCGCCUCCGUUCAAAAUGCCGGAAGAAGCUUUUGACGUCUCAGAACUUGAAGGUAUCAUAGAGAGCAUCAGGAGACAGCCUGGAGGAUUUGAAGCAGAAUAUCUUAAACUGCCAAGUGGAUUCAAGCACCCAUACAAUGAUUCACAGAUACCAGAUAACAGAUGCAAGAAUCGAUUUACUGGUUACUACCCAUAUGACAAUAAUCGUGUGAAACUAUAUAUGUUGCCAAACGUCCCGUAUUCUGACUACAUCAACGCCAGUUUCGUCGAUGCAUAUAAGAAGCUAAAUUAUUUCAUUGCAUCUCAAGCUCCAAAUAGCGUGACUUUACCAGAUUUCUGGAGAAUGAUAUGGGAAAAGGACUGUGGACAAAUCAUCAUGUUGACAAACCUAGUGGAGGGUGGGAAGCAUAAAUGUGUGCCAUACUGGAAAGAUUCUGGGUCAAUGAAUGUUGGAUAUUUUGAUGUGGUGGUCACAGAAAUCACUGAACGAGCAGACUACACCAUCAGAAAGAUAAACGUCACCCAGAAGAAGUCUAAGAACUGCAAGACAUUUGACCAUUACCACUUCACAUCAUGGCCUGAUCAUGGGGUGCCUAAAGUGUUGGACUUACUGGAAUUCUUCUGGCUGACAAGAGAGACUCCCCCAUCCCAUCCUGGUCCUGUCCUGGUACACUGCAGUGCUGGAAUUGGAAGAACUGGGACGUACAUCGCUCUACAUAUCCUGACAGACGAGAUGAACAAAACUGGAAGAAUGAACAUACUGGGAAUGAUGACCAAGAUUAGAGAACAAAGGAAAAACAUGGUCCAGACAAUGAAUCAGUAUGAAUGCAUUUUCACGAGUAUGCUAGAGGUUGCAAAGUAUGGUCAGACACACAUGACCACGUCUAAGUAUGCACAGGAGUAUGCUGAACUGAAAGGAUCUUUGAACAUGGGUCACAAAACACUUGAUGAGCUUGGUCAGGUGAUUGCAUCUACAGAUACCUCUAAUAAAGGUGUCUCACGGAAGAAUCGACUUUGGGUUGAUGGAAAUAGUGAUCUAUUUGUUGUUAAAGCUCCAUCCACACUACUGAGUACAGGUUACCUGUUGGUUUACACUCCACAAAGAACUGAGAAUCUGCUAUGGAAACUGAUCAUGGAGAAUGAUUCACUGACUGUUGUCACCCUGGGCAACAAGAAUGAUGAUGCAUUCAUCCCACGUCCUGGCCAUUCUCUUACCUAUGGGAAUGUGACUGUGACGUCAGUGAACGAAACGGAUGUCUCGGGAGAGAUAACGCUAAGAAUGCUUAACGUUGAAAUAAAGGAUUCAGAUGAAAAGAAAGAAAUUGCAAACUUUUCUGUACAGUCAUCGAGCAACCCUUCUAACACUUCUACAGUGAUAAAUUGUCUAACAACACUGACAGAAAAACUUCUGGACAGACAGAACAAUCUUCAAUUCCACCCUAUCACGAUCGUCUUCGAUGAAUCUGACAGAAAGGAAGGUCUGUCAUUGUGUAUACUGAACAACAUCAUGUCUGCAGUUUCCCUUGACAAGCGAGUUGAGAUAUUUAACAACGUCAGAAGACUCCAGUCAGUUCUGCCAAGUGUUCGCUUAUCAGUGGAUGACUUCAAACUGUUCUGUGAUCUUCCUUUCACUCAGCUCGAAUCCACAGGAGUGUAUGCCAACAUGUGAACUGACACAUUACAAUGCUCACUUACGUCGGUGGUCAGCAGUGUCAUGUGCGAAGAACCUGUAACUGAUUAACACGGAGUUCAGUGAGAGCAAACUGUGUUGUGUAUAUAUAUCAUGAUGGUAGUGAGGGGAUUGUCCUAAUAAAACAGAAUGAACACAAAUGACACCAUGUAUAACCAGUCUAACAAAAAUAUGUAUAAAUGUAUUCAAUGGCCUCGGUGGCAUAGUAGUUGAUACAUCAGGACAAAAGACUGGUCACUGGGUUCCCACACAGAGCGAGUCCUAAAGGGACGUUCUUGAAUUAGGUGAUUGUUAAGAUGAUGUCAGUCAACAAAGACUUUUUAAUAACUGUAAUCACAUGUUAAAGGCAUACUGUCACGGAUUUAAGGACCUUAUUUCUCUAAAAAUGGAUAAUAAAUAAAAAUUACAUUAAUUGUUGGAAACCAAA